UAGCCAAUCGGCUUCUGUUCGCGGGAACGUGUUAGACCUAGUCAGAGUGAGGGCCUGCCGAACAAGGCCCUAUUUUCGUUGUCCUUGAAUUUAAAAGCUGCGCUACGCACUUCCAGCGAGGAGUUUUGCCGGAUUAUGCGCUAGGGUUUCCUCCCUUGCGUUUAUCCUCCCACGUGUAUGGAACUCUCACUGAAUAUUAGUCUCUAAGUGGAUUAGGUCCUUGACUCCUGAUCACCAAUACAUUCUUGAGGCGCCUCAAAGAUCACCAAGACGAUCAGAUUGUUCUGUGCUGGCGAUACUUCCGUACCGUGUAGCCCCUCGAUAGCCGUCGAUCGUAUUCGAAGAUGGACGGUUCAGAUGACUCGGAUGUGGAUUUCGGCACGAUGGUCAUGAAGCCCGGCAGCCGCAGGCCGCCACAGGAGCCGUCCGAUGAAGAAUCGGACGGUGAUGGCGGCGGGGAUUUCGGAACCAUGGUGAUGAAACCCGGAAGCAGACGAGACGGCGGAAGCGCCGGCGGCGGCGGCGGCGGCGGCUGGCGUGGGGGAGGUGAUAAUAAAGGGGGAAGCUAUAACGGGGAUAGUGACGAGGAAGGGGGAGGGGAUUUCGGGACGAUGGUGAUGCGGCCACGUGGCAUGCGAGGAGGCGACGAUGACGGGAGCGGGGUGGAAUCGGACGGUUCAGGAGGAGGGGAUUUCGGAACCAUGGUGGUGAAUCGAGGAAACAGCGGGAGAGGCGGGAGACGGGACGAGGAGGAGGAGGAAGACGAAGACGAGGGGGACAAUAACGGGGAUUUUGGGACAAUGGUGGUGAGCAGAGGGGCGGGAAGGCGGAAGGGGGGAAGAGAGGAGGAGGACGAAGGGGAGGAGAGCGAGGAAGGAGAUUUUGGAACGAUGGUGGUUAGUAGGAAGAGCGGGGGAGGAGGCGGGGGAGGAGGCGGGGGGAAAGGGGGAAGAGGGGGGAGCGAGGAGGAAGGGGGAGGGCUAGCAGCGGCUGCUGCUAGUAUGAGAGCGCAAAUGGGGAGGGAAAGGGGGGGAAGAAGGGGAGGAGGGGGAGGGAGAGGAGGGAGGAGGAGAGAGGAGGAAGAGGAGGAGGAGGAGAGUGAUGAGGAUGGGGAUUUUGGAACGAUGGUUGUGAGUAAAACGAAGGGGGGGCGACAGGGGAAGAGGAGGGAGGAGGAGGAGGAGGAGGAGGAGGAGGAGGAAGAGAGUGAGGGGGAUUUCGGCACCGUGGUCGUGAGCAAAUCGGCCCGGAAAAAGGGGCGUCGGCAGAAAGAGGAGGAAGAGGAGGAGGAGGAAGAGGAAGGGGAGUUUGGAACCAUGGUGGUUUCCAAACGGCGAGGCCGAAACGAUGAUGAUGACGACGACGACGAAGAGGAGGAGGAGGACGAUGAUGAUGAUGACCAAUUCGGUACCAUGGUGGUGUCUGGCAAGAGCAAGGGCGGAGGGGGGAGGAAGAAGAGGGAGGAGAAGGACGGGACGGGGUCGCUGGCAGCGGCGGCGAGGAGCAUGGCGGAGCACAAGGACGUGGCGCCCAAGGCCAAGAAGGGCGGCGGGGGGGGGGUGGCGGGGUCCAGUAUCCACGUGUCAAGGGAAGACCCCACGCUCAAAUACGAGCUGCUGGAGGAGCUAGGCAAGGGCUCAUACGGCUCAGUGUACAAAGGGAGGGAUCGGAUCAGCUCGGAGCUAGUGGCGAUUAAAGUCAUCUCUUUGGCUGAAGGGGAGGAGGGCUUUGAGGAGAUACGGGGCGAGAUAGAGAUGCUGCAGCAGUGCAACCACCCCAAUGUCGUGCGAUACUACGGCAGCUACCAGGGGGACGACUUUCUCUGGAUUGUGAUGGAGUACUGCGGUGGGGGCAGUGUGGCCGAUCUGAUGAACAACACGGACUCGCCGUUAGAGGAAGGGAUGAUCGCAUACGUGUGCCGGGAGUCCAUCAAGGGCCUGGCCUACCUGCACGAGAUAGGCAAGGUGCACCGCGACAUCAAGGGCGGCAACAUCCUGCUCAGCGACUCGGGGGAGAUCAAGCUGGGGGACUUCGGUGUGGCGGCCCAGCUUACGCGCACCAUGUCGAAGAGAAACACAUUCAUUGGCACGCCCCACUGGAUGGCACCGGAGGUGAUCCAGGAGAGUCUUUACGAUGGCAAGGUGGACGUGUGGGCGCUGGGCAUCACUGCUAUUGAGAUGGCCGAGGGCCUACCUCCGAGAUCCAACAUCCAUCCCAUGAGAGUGCUCUUUAUGAUUUCAAGAGAGCCCUCCCCCACAUUAGAGGACCCUGAGAAAUGGUCCCUUCUCUUCCACGAUUUCGUGGCCAAGUGUUUGAUCAAGGAGCCGAAGCAGCGCCCCACCACCCCCGCGCUGCUGCACCACAAGUUCAUCGAGCGGUGCAAGGACACAGCGGUGGUGCUGAAGAAGCGCAUUGACCAGGCCAAGUCGAUGAGGGAGGAGGCCAAGAAGCAGCGGUUAGCGGCUGCAGCUUUGGAAGAGCAGAACAGCGUGUCCGAGGAUUCCAUGGGCACAGGCACCAUGCGGCAGAGGGGCGACGCCAUGGGAGGGACAGUUAAAGCCCGCUCUGCUCCAUCUGCAUAUACUGACGACGAUGACACUGAUUUCGGCACGUUUGUCAACAAGGAUUCCGACUCUGCUGACGAGGCAAUGGACACCGGCACCAUGCGUGUCGCCCGGUCAGACGAGCCGUCCGCCAAGUCAGCAGCUGCCACGUCAGCAGCAGAGGGGGUAGAGUCGUCUGCAGAUAACAUCGGGGCGGCACUGGCAGCCAUGGGAGGGCAGCGCAAAGCGAAGCCCGCACAAGCCAGGUCUGCCCCUCCUCGCAAGUCGGAGCGACCCCCCAUCCCCCCGAAGCAAGCUGCAGUAGCGGGGAUGGAGCUCGAGGCGAAGAGGCGGAAAGGCACGGACUUUUUCGCGGGGGCGCGUCAGGCGAUGGAGGAUGGGACGAGACAGGCCAUGGCUGACAGCACCAAGCCCGCUCAGCGAGCCAGUCCGGGAUUGCAGGAUAAGCUAUCAGCGGUGUACGCAGCCGGCAACACUGUUCCCAUCCCCUUCCUCCGAGCGUGCGACAUCUCCCCCCUGGCUCUCAUCGCAUCAUCGGGCCCCGACGGGGCUCCCUUUGACCAGUGUGGGCUGGAAGCGAUUCAGGAGCUCUCAGGGAGUGGUGGAUUGGCGGGGAGUAAGGGCGCUAGACGAACCCCUGCUGCUGAGGUUCCCCUCCCUCCCAGUGUGUACCGCAGACUAGCCAACAGCACCACUCUUCCAAAUCUCGCCAGGGCUCUGGCCUAUCACAAACAGUGUUUGGACGAGAUGCCUCUACAAGGGUGGCAAGUAACGCAAGAAAAGGCCAUCAUCCACAAUCUCUCAGACACUAUCCGAACCAUUCUCCGCCUCUAGCCGCUCUGUUCAACCACUACUCGCGGAUACAGCUGUUUUGCGGUCCAUUUGCUUUUGAGGCGCCUCAAAAGCUACUCGUGGAUACAGCUGUUUUGCAGUUGAUUUGUCCCUUUUUUUUUUGUAGAUCUUGUUCAUCUGUUUAUUUUGCGCAUGGUGGACAUAUACAGUACGGUGACUGAUUAUGGAUCAAGGCCCUUCUUUACUAGUUUAUUAUCACCAUCCUGGUGAAACCUGCUCUGCAACAGUGGCCCGC